CUUUUUCAUAGCGAAAAGUAGGAGAGCGGGCACUGGUUAUUGUCCCACUGGGUAUUUCAAUGCAACCCUGUAACGAUAUGAAUACCUCCCUUUACUUUUCACACCCCGCCGCCUAUUGUUUAACACGUCAACUGCAACAACAAAACUAAAGACUAAAUACAAAUUGGGUUUGCAAAUUUAAAAUACUUCAAAAAUUGAUAGUAAUUGGACAUGGAGAGCUCCGAAGAGGCAUCUGGCAGCACUAAUGAGCUGCGAGAGCGAAAAUCGACGAACAUAAAUAAGGAGAUGUCAACGAAGGAGGCAUAUUUUGCCAGCCUUGCCGAGUGGGCUAAACAGGCGGCGCUCAUGCAAAUGUUUCCAAAUUAUCUGUUGGCCAACUAUAACUAUCCCCAAUUAUUGCAAACGCAAUUGCCAUAUGCAGCGCCAGGCAUUGAGCAGCUGCACCCAAAUCGUCAGCAACAGAGCCCAUUAACGCAGCCACUGCCGCAGCAGGCUACGGCUCAGGCAGCAGCUGCAGCUGUUCGACCAACCUUCAAUCGCUUUCGUGUGUUGGACGAGGCGCAGCAGCAGGAGAUCAUACAAAGAUUGGGUGGCACAGAGUUAAUCGUGGCGCCCUUUUGGAAACGAGCUGUUGCAGAGGCAAUCGAUGUCGUCAUAUUAUUUAUAUUGAAAAUUAUUGUAACCUUUUCGCUGUUUCAUGUUUUUGAUCUGGACUUCGAUAAGGAGGUGAUGCGUAAAACUCUGGAGGAUGAGGAUAUCUUUUUAAAUUUCCUAGACAUUUCUAUGGACUUUAUCACACUGUCCUCGGACUUGAUACUAAUUGAGUUGCUGACCAAGCUUCUAGUCUGUUGCUAUGAAUGCCUAUGGACGGUUUUCUAUAAUGGAGCUACACCUGGCAAAUCGCUGAUGAAGAUUCGUAUCCUCUAUGUAGAGGCCGUGGUGCCGCUGCAGGCGCCUGUAAUGCCACAAUUUGUUUUCCAGGCACAGCGAGAACCUUUGCGUGCCCUGCUCUACCCCGCAGAGACUCCAAGCUUCUUGCGUGCUUUAAUGCGCGCCUUUGCUAAGAAUCUCGUAAUGACGCUAUUGUUUCCCAUUUGCGUUGUUAUGGUUUUCUUCAAAAACAAUCGCACGGCCUAUGAUAUUUUAACUAAGACAAUUGUGGUCGAGGUAAAUCGGAAUCCAACUCCUGCCGCGGUGCCUCCUGUUCAAAGGCCUCAUCAACAGUAGUCAAAUUUUAUCUAUGCAAUGCCAAAUCUUGUAUGUGUAUGAAAUAUGACAAACUAAUUUAUGUAAUUUUUGUUAACGCUGAAAACUGACUAACAGCUGAGCUCACACUGAUUUCCAUUAUAUUGUAAAUAGAUGAAAUGUAAAGACAAGUGUUAUUCAAGAAAAU